GGUGUAUUUGAGGGUGUAAUCGCUACUGUUCUGCAGCAGAAGCUCCAGUUCCUCUUCACAAGGAAGAAACAUCAGCCAGUGAUUUUCAGCCUGCUGUCCAGAUCUCACUGUACAUGAGCUGUGACCAUGACCAGAAACCUGCUGAAGAACCCCAGUGGAGAAGGUGAGUUGCCAACUCAAAGCUAUGGGACCAAACACACACUCUGACCAUUUUCACCUUCCAGAUGAGCUGGAAUUCUGGGAGCUGACAGAGAACGGUGGGAGCGGCUGGAAGGUGGAGGACAUGCCAGGAGACUGUGGCCAUGACUUUGACAAUGAAGACGUGACUAAAUACUUUGCAACCUCCUUUGAGCCUUGUCAAAAAAAACAGCUGAUUGACCUUUUGGCCGAGGGUUACACCCCGGAAGAACUGGACGGUCAGCCUGCUGUCACAGUGGUGGACUGGUACAGUGGAAGGACAGACUGUGGCUGCACUUAUCAAAUGACGGUGCGUUUGCUGGAUGAGAAUCAGGAGGUCCUGCAGGAGCAGAGUCCUGAGCCGGUGACACUGGACCCCGACUCUGACGACUGCUCCUGGACACAAGUCAGCAACACAUUUUCUGACUAUGGGCCUGGGUUGCGUUUCAUCUCCUUCGAACAUGGAGGAAAAGACGACAAAUACUGGGACGGCUGGUAUGGGGUGCGAGUCACCGGGAGCUCUGUUACUGUGGAUGUCUGAUAGACAGGAAACUGAAUGGGACGUAGAAACAAAAAGAAAACCUGAGCAUUGAAGUGACAGAGGAAGAGAGAAGUAGAACGGCAUGCAGAGUUUGGGCAGAUCAGCUUCACCGUACCCACUAACCGUAGCUUUCAUCCUUGCACAGCAGCUCUGAAAGAGCUAAGAGCUGUCCUUUUAACAAACAUAUUGCUUCAUCUUUAAAAAGACGUAAAAUCUUCUUUUCAAACUAAAAGAUAAUACCACAUGGCCACUAGUACGAUAAGUCAUGCAUUGGAUCUCUCACAGUUGGUGCAGAGAGAAACCAGGCGACUGUGAAUGUGAACUAAAGAGCAAAUGUGAUUGGAGGUGUGUGAUUGACAGCUGCCAUCAUCUCCAGCAGCCCUGGGCAAACUACGGCCCGAGGGUCGGAUGUGGCCCGUUUGGCAUUUUAAUCCGGCCCACCAAACCUAUCCAUUACACUAUUCAUUUCUAUUAUCAUUAUAGCACUUCUGACUUUUCCCUGCAAUAUCCAUGUUUUCCCAAUAGAUGGCGUGAAAAGGCUAAAGGCAUUUUAGCCUUUCUGACUUCCACGUCAUUUAUCUUAUUUCACACAAACACUCCAUCUAUCCACUCCUGAUCUGGCCCCAGGGUCAAAUUCUAGAACCCACUGUGGCCCACGAGCCGAAAGGUUUGCCCACGCCUGAUCUACUGUAAUGGGAGUUUGUCAAAAUCAACCUCAGUGACGUUCACAAUGUUCAGAAUCCUAUUGUAUAAGACAGCUACAGACCAGAAACUGGUUCACUAAACUUAUUAUUCUAAAGCAGCCUGACCUAAACAUAUUAUAUAUAAUAUAUGAUAUAUAUUGCUUUUGACACGGGCGAGGAAUUAACAACUUGGCAGCAGAUACAAAAAAACACAUCAGCGGCCUCCACGUGCUACGUGUUCCACAUUCAAGUGUGCAAUCCAAUGAAAAAAGUACUGCUUACAACAAAGUCACUUAUCAUAAUCACAACUGACCUCUGCACUGUGACCCAGAACCACACGAGUGAAGGACGGGCUCUGUGUAACCACUGAAAUCACAAUAAAAGAAGUGAUUGAC